ACUACAAACGAUUAAUUCUUUCAUGGACACAUUUGCAUGACCAUUUUGAAAUGUACCUUCGUAAGGCUACAUGAAGAAUAUUUCUGACACCAAAAAGUAGCUUAAACUUAUAUGGGCAACUAUUAUACCCAUUAUAGAAGCUAAAGUAUAGGAACGUAAUUUGUUGGCAAAACCAUCAUAACCACAUUUGUUAAAAAAAAAAAAAAAACGAUUUCCCAUAUCUUGCAGAGGAGAAAUAUAAAAGCGGAUGUUGUCAUCAUCUAAAGCGGAAAUACACACAGGGAAAGGAAAUGUCCCAACAAUGAAUCUUUAAAAGUUUUAAUUUCAUGUAGCAAUAGUGGUAAAGAAUUGAGCUUAUAGAAUGGUAAAGCCGUAUGCUCUGUAUAUGUGUUGUCAAAGCAAGUAUACAUACGAACCAUCUUGGCAACAGAAGUUCGUCGUGAUAGUGUUCUGUAGCCUGACAGACUUGCAAGUUUUGCUCAACAGCUUAGAUAGCUAACAUGCAGUCAAGUAAUGUUAUCCUAGCGUGAAGUUUCCUAGCCAACGUUAGCUUUUCGUGUUGACUAUCACUGCUAUUACAAGAUAUCGCUAGCUACCUGCCAACACAUUUGGGAUAGUUUUCUGUUCUCCCCACACGCAUUACAGCGACAAGACUGGCAAGGUGAAUUGCUGUUAGGUGAGUAGCCAAAGGCAAUGGUGGCCCGACUGAUGACACUGAUAGUUGUGUCUUUGUGUGGGAGAGGAAGAGGAAGAUGACAGUGUGCAGCUAAAGGAAUGAGCUGAUUGCCAUUCGAGCAGAGGGAACUGCAUUUGAGAAGCGGACAAAAUGCCCCGACGGAAACAAUCCAACCCACAGCCAGUAAAAUUGGACUAUGAGGAUGGCAUUACGGUGGGGAACCCAGACACCCUGGUACUGGAGAGCAACCUCCUACUGGGGCAGGACCUGGAGUUCGGAGAGGCAGACUUCAAGAUCAUAGGUUUCGACCGAGAUUCAGACUGUGCAUCGGGGGACAUGGGCAUGGCUGUGUACUCCCUGAGCGACGAGGAGUGCAGCAGCUACAAGCAGCUCAGCCUGGGCAGCGAUGUGGACGACCUCCGCGACCCGGCCAGCGACGACGCCUUUCCGCCCCGCCUCAGCUGUGGGGGCUGCGGGGGGAUCCUGGAGGACCCCCAACAGCACCUGUGCCUUCGCUGUGGCGCUCACAACCACUCAGGGACCGGCCGCAGGUCUGCAGGGGGCGCCACUCCGGCAAAGACCACUCAAGGUGACGUGCGUCUCAGAGCGCAGAGACGAAGCAAGCCAGCCAAGACCAGCCCCAUCCCCACCACCACCACCACUACCACCUGCACCCUCUCUGCCGGCCGCAAGAACUUCUCGUGCCAUCUGUGCAGCUUCACGUCGCGCUACUCCAACCACCUGAAGCGCCACAUGAAGACGCACAACGGGGAGAAGCCCUACCAGUGCCCGCACUGCCCCUACGCCUCGGCACAGCUGGUCAACCUGCAGCGCCACAUGCGCAUCCACACGGGCGAGAAGCCCUACAAGUGCUCGCAGUGCGCCUUCGCCUGCAGCUCGCUGGGCAACCUGCGGCGGCACCAGCGCAUGCACGCGCAGGAGCGGCCGCACACCUGCAGCCAGUGCAGCUAUCGCGCCAGCAGCAGCCUCAGCCUCAAGAGGCACAUGACCACGCACAAGAGCAGCAGCAGCAACAACAGCAGCAGCAGCAGCAACAGAGAGGAGGCCAUCGAGGAUGGAGUGGUGUCAGACUUUAUGAUGUGCAUCAGCAGCAGCGACUCUGACUUCCUGCACUCGUACGACAGCUUGCAGGAGGACCAGCCCCCUUCCAGCCUGCUGGAGCCCGGAGCUGAGGAGGACCAGGGGGUGCCGUCCCUCCUCUUCCCCUGCGGGCUAGACCAGGAGCCGCCCUCCCCCGUCAACGGCCACGCCGCCUCCUCCGCCGAGCGCCCGCUGCAGGAAUCGCCCCGGAGCCCCGAGCCUCCGGCCCCCGGCGGCCGCGCCAAAGCCCCCGAGCGCCUGUACACGUGCCCGGUCUGCCCCUUCACCAGCCAGUACCCCAACCACCUGGCGCGCCACAGCAAGACGCACAGCGGCGAGAAGCCCUACGGCUGCCCCCACUGCCCCUACGCCUCGGCACACCUGGACAACCUCAAGCGGCACAUGCGCGUGCACACGGGCGAGAAACCGUACGCCUGCGACCUCUGCGACUAUGCCUGCGGCAACCUGGCCAACCUGCGGCGGCACGAGCGCAUUCACACGGGCGCCAAGCCCUUCCUGUGCCCGCUGUGCCCGUACAGCUGCAACCAGAGCAUGAACCUCAAGCGGCACAUGCUGCGGCACAGCGGGCACAAGCCGCACCGCUGCCCUCUCUGCAGCUACACUACGGGCCACUGGGACAAUUACAAGCGGCACCAGAAGAAGCACAGCGGGAGCGUGCCACAGGGCUGGGCCCAGAGCCAGGCAGUGCAGCAGGAGCAGCAGCAGCAAGAGGAGGAAGAGGAGGAGCAAGAGGAGGAGCAGGAAGAGGAGGAGGUGUAACACAGAUACUCAGGCUCACACACACAGAAAUGCUUGCACUUACCUACAGACACUCUUGAGAAUACUCUUUACACACACACACAGACAAAGACUUUCACUUUCAGUUCACUUAUUUUCUUACUCUCUGAGAAGUGUAAAUAAAUGUUGUGUAUGAUUUCUUUGACCUUAUUGCUAGUGGACUCUUGUAAUACUGUGCAGGCACUGCUGGCUGCUAAGGAGUUCAGCCCACUGGGAUCACAGGUUUCAGAGAUGCCUUUUUGGUCAAGUCAGGGCCGGCCUUGACCUCUUGACCCUCACUUUUUUCCUGAUGCCUCUGGGUAAUGCUGCACUGAGCCCCUUGCACACCACUAACCAGGGCAUUAAGAGGAACUGCGGGUGUGUAUGU